CCCACACCUUAUCUCUCAGAACCCCCCAAACCUCUCUUCCCGUUUUCAUACUGUCUCUCCCCCAUGGCAGCUUCCCACUCUCUUCCAUCUCUCCGCCACACACUCAGCCGUCCCCACCGUCCUAACCUCUCCCCAAAUCCCUUCUCCUCCUCCUCUCUCCUCCUCAAAUCAACCUCUACGCCCACUGCCACUGCCGCUGUCGCUGCCACUUCCUCUCUCUCCGCUGCAGCCGCCAGUUCCUUCUCUCUCUCCUCAGACACCUCCUCUGCUGUCUCCUUCGACGAGCUCGAGCGCCACCUCGCAGCCAAAAACUUCCGGCAAGCAGACGAGGAGACCCGCCGGCUUUUAAUCGCCCUCGCCGGCGACGCUGCACAAAAACGAGGCUACGUCUACUUCUCCGAAGUUCAAUUCGUUUCCUCCGACAAUCUGAAAGCCAUCGACGAUCUCUGGCAGAAAUACAGCGAUGGGAAAUUUGGGUAUAGCGUACAGAAACGGGUUUUCGAGAAAGUGAACAGAGAUUUCACAAAAUUGUUCAUGAAACUUGGAUGGAUGAAGAAACUGGAUACAGAAAUUGAGCAGUACAAUUACAGAGCAUUUCCAACGGAGUUCAUUUGGGAGCUGACGGAGGAGACGCCGGAAGGGCAUCUGCCAUUGACUAACGCUUUGAGAGGGACGCAGUUGAUGACCAACAUUCUGAGCCAUCCGGCAUUCGAGGAGGACGCCAUUGAAGGAGGAGCUCAAGAAAACGUUGCAGCGGACGAAAAUGGAGGAUUCAAAAAGGGAUUGAAAACGAUGAGUGAGAGGAUUUUCAAAAGGGAUUAUAGCUUCUGAAAUUGAGGAUUUUGGAGAUUACCCAUUGAAAUUCACAUCGAAUUUACAAUUGGGUCGCUUCCAUUUGGGAUGAAUUCAAUUGAUUUUGAGUGUAAUUGAAAUAAUCAAGAUGAAAUUUGUUGGUAAUUGUAUCAUUGUAAUGUGAUUUUGUUAACUCAUUCCACCUUA